GCACAGCUCGCAAAGUGGCCUCCUCUACGACUUUACUCGUCCCACACUGCAUCAGAUGCGUAGCGAUGAAGCUUUUCACCCACAUUCCUGUUUUCUUCUGCGUCUAUGCGUACGUGCUCAACGUGUGCAGCGGUCAAUAUGACACAAAAGGUAUGAGUGAAAAGAGUGCCAAAACCUGCACGAAGACACCUUUUAUUGGCGUCUGUCACCCAGUGGGGGAGGCUUGGUAUUAUGACGCUCGUGACAACUCCUGCAAGAUGUUGCAACGUGGAGUUUGCGCCGGAGGAAACAAUUUGUUCCCCACUAUAAAGAAGUGCACGAAAUCUUGCAUACCCCUGACUCCAAAGACGUCAAAAAUAUGCCUUGAACCACCAGUAGUUGGCCCGUGUGGACCAAUAAAAGUGUCCUGGUAUUUUGAUCCUAAGACCAUGUACUGUAAAAUGUUCAACCACACCAUUUGUGGAGGAGGAGGAAACAGCUUCCUCAGUGAGUUGAAGUGCCAGUCGGUGUGUCUACCAAACCAGACGCCGCAGGCUCACUGCAGUAAACCGCCCAAACCUGGCAGAUGUUUGAUUGCAAAUAAGCGAUACUACUUUGAUGAAAGACGGAAUGCCUGUCUUCAGUUUCCAAACAAAAAAUGCGGUAGCAAUAGGAACGGCUUCGCAAAGUGGGAGAAGUGCAUGCAACGGUGCAGCUAUAUCAAUCAAAAAGGGAAUGAGUUGCCUUACGGGGGCGUACCUGGGUAUGUCCCGCAUCCCGGUCCACUUGGGCCACCUGGCCAACAUGGUUACCCUUCCGCAUCCGGACAACCCGGUCAACCUGCUCUUCCAGGACAGGUUGGUUCACCCGGUCAACCUGCGGUAACUGGCCCUUCCGGCAAUGCCAUCCCAAUGGGUCUUCCCCCGCCGCCUGGCCAACCGGGCCAACAAGGUCCGUUUCUUCCGCCCGGCCAAAACCUGACGCCGGCCAAGAUCAACGGACCGCUAGUACCUGGCCAGACUGUAAAACCAAACAUCCCACAUUAAUAAUGUGUUUUCUGUAAAACCAAACAUAACACAUUAAUAAUGUGUUAUGGAGAGGAUAUCUACCUGGAUAUCCUCUCCAUGUCGGCUAAACCCUUACCCCGAAAUCUCCACAACCAUCGCCAGACAACGUAACUCACCUACUCGGCCAAACUGAGCGCUGAGAAACGGGCAAACCCCUCUUUUCGGGUACUCGCAUUACUGACCUUAAAUAAACGAAAUUUAACUUUACUGCCUCUCCUAUCAGGCAGGAUAUUUAUUCUGAACACGCCAUACAAUUAUGUAAUUCUGGCCGUAAGAAGUACGUUCACUCUGAUAUGUUGAAGUACACAGGUACAACACGCUGAAGUUCCUCCGGACAAAGACAUUAUUUUUUUUUCAAUAAAGUUUAUUAUCUGUC